CAAAAUUUUUUUGAAGGCCAAUCGGAAAACUCUCCUAUCAACAAAGAAAACCUCUUUACAACUGUUGGCCACAUACCCCGACACAACAGGCCAAAAUACUAAACUCAACCACCACCCCAUCAGCCCAAGCGAGAGGCAAACCAGUAAUAGCAGCAGAUCAGGCAGGAGAGGAUCACACAUCCUCAAUCCCACUCCCACCUACCAUGGCCGCCACCUUAUCCCUCCUCUCACCAACCUCCCUCUCCUCCCUCCGCCGCCAUAAUGCCACCCCAACUCACAUCCACCUGCGUAGCACCCCCUCCAAGUUCUCAAUCAGGGCUUUCUCCGCCCCAGUUCUCACCCAAGACGACCUCAAGAAACUUGCUGCCGACAAGGCCGUCGAGUACGUUAAAAGCGGCAUGGUCCUCGGGCUUGGAACCGGCUCCACCGCCGCAUUUGUGGUGGAUAAGAUCGGGGCCCUCAUCAAAUCCGGCGGACUCACGGAUAUAGUGGGCGUGCCUACAUCCAAGCGCACACAAGAACAGGCCGCCUCCCUCGGCAUCCCGCUAUCUACCCUUGACGCCCACCCGCAUCUUGACCUUGCAAUUGACGGAGCUGACGAGGUGGACCCAAAUCUUGACCUGGUGAAGGGCCGCGGUGGAGCCCUUUUGCGUGAGAAAAUGGUCGAAGCUGCGUCUGACAAAUUUGUGGUGGUGGUUGAUGACUCAAAAUUGGUAUCUGGGCUCGGCGGAUCAGGUCUCGCCAUGCCCGUGGAGGUGGUGCAAUUUUGCUGGAAUUAUAAUUUGGUCAGGCUGCAAGAAUUGUUCAAGGAAGAAGGGUGCGAGGCGAAGCUGAGAUUGGACGGCAGUGGGAAGCCUUAUGUUACUGAUAAUUCUAAUUACAUAGUGGACUUGUACUUCAAAACUCCCAUAAAGGACUCAGGCGCGGCCGGGAAGGAGAUUGCGGCACUGGAAGGGGUCGUGGAGCACGGGUUGUUCUUGGAUAUGGCGACUGCUGUGAUCAUUGCUGGUGGAGAUGGAGUGAGUAUCAAGAGCAAGUGAAGAGAAAGUCAACACUUUGAUCCUUCUAUGCUUAAUUUUUGUGUUGGAUGCUUUGGACAAAUCUUCUGCUUUAGUCUUGAUAACUAUUCCAAUCAUGCUGAAACUGUUGAAUGAGUUCUUUCAUUCAGCAUACUGUGCCCGGAAAACUGCAAUUGUCAUGCGAAAUGGUGUUAGCCAUUUGCACGUUUGGCUCUCUGUUCUUGGAGUUUCUUCCAGGCGAGGUUCAUUAUAACGAGUUUGAGUUCUGAGUCCGGCCAUGGAGUCCUUGAGAAUAAAUGUGGUGGUUCUGACCUUUGCCUCUCCAGGCAUUAGAUUGCUUGAGAGAAGGCUACAGAUGUAAGGAAGGGUAAAAUCUUGGCCAUAGGGAAUGAAGUCUACUUGGAAUGCUGUUGAUCCGACUAAUCUUUGGCAGCAAAUU